AUGCAGGUGCCUUUGCUUCGACUCCAAUGUGGUGUCAACAGUUAUGAUUGGGGCAAGAUUGGCCAAGCGUCGGCAGCUGCCCGCUAUGCAGCUACAACAGCUGCGCCAGACUUCUCCAUAGAAUCCGAGAAACCCUAUGCAGAGCUAUGGAUGGGCACGCAUCCUUCCCUCCCUUCGAAAGACGUCGAGACUCAGCGAACCCUCCUCGAUAUGGUCCAGGACAACCAAGCUUUGUUAUCCAAGGAGGUUAGCGAGAAAUAUGGUGGGAAACUGCCAUUCCUCUUCAAGGUACUUUCGGUCCACAAAGCCCUCAGUAUCCAAGCGCACCCGAACAAGAAGCUCGCAGAGAAGCUCCAUGCUAGAGAUCCUCGCAACUAUCCAGAUGACAAUCACAAGCCCGAGAUGACCAUCGCAAUUACCCCCUUCGAGGGACUCUGUGGUUUCCGCCCCUUAGCGGAGAUUUCCCAUUUUCUCAACGCCGUGGCACCCCUCCGUCAGUUGAUUGGAACAGAUGCAGUUGACCACUUUCUGGGUGCAGUCAAGGGGUCCGAGGGUUCGGAGGAUCCCACUGUUAUACAGAAAAAUAAGGAUGCUUUACGGACCGUGUUCACGGCGCUGAUGAACUCAUCGUCCGAGAACAUCGAGGCCGCUACGAAGGAGCUUACUGCUGCGGCCCAAAACUCCCCCGAAACAUUCGGCACGUCUGCUAGCACCCCAGAGACAAACCCCAGCAACCCAGCGGAGCUGGCUGCUAUUAUCACCCGUCUCAAUGGACAGUUCCCGAACGAUAUCGGCCUAUUUGUAUUCUUCUUCCUCAAUUUUGUCAAGCUUGCACCGGGAGAGGCCAUGUUCUUGAAGGCCGACGACAUUCAUGCCUACGUGUCUGGCGACAUCAUCGAGUGCAUGGCGUCUUCCGACAACGUCGUGCGGGCUGGCUUCACGCCCAAGUUCAAGGAUGUAGAUACCCUGACCGAAAUGCUGACAUACUCCUAUGCUCCAAUUGAAGAACAGAAGCUAGAACCCAAGGAAUACCCGUAUGCGAUUCUGAAUGCCUCCGCAUAUUCAAGCGCAUCGUCGUCCUUGCUCUACGACCCCCCAAUUGAGGAGUUCAGUGUGGUGAAGACCGAUCUCAAGCGAACUGGGGCCAAGGCUACUUUCGAUGGACUGGGAGGACCCAGCAUCCUGAUCUGUACCCGAGGCACCGGAAAGAUCACCGUCGGCCAUAAGACAGAGGAAGUCAAGGAGGGCUAUGUUUUCUUUGUCGGUGCCGAUGCGGAGUGUAUCAUUGAGAACACUGGUUCUGGAUCUGAUGAGGAAAAUGUGUUCACGACCUUCAAGGCUUUCUGUGAUUUGACCGGCAAGGAAGGCAUGGUGAACGGCAACUAAACUAUUUACUUAACAGCAACGAAUGGAUGUAAAAAUAGCUACAGCAAUACGACUUAUAAUACUUUCC